GUCUGUAAGAUAGCCCCUUACGCAACAAAUCCCAUUUAUUAAGUUGAAGUAGAACUCCAUAUUCUCCACAAACCACAACCGCACAAAUUUAUGAGCAAGAGCAUAGAGGUGCAUCUUUCCGUCGAAAUGCAAGAGGCGCUCACCCUCCAUGUAGCUCACAUUGGCAAGGAAGGGAAGGGGACAAUAGUUUUUCUUCAUGGCUUUCCAGAGAUAUGGUACACAUGGAGGCACCAAAUGUUGGCUAUGGCCGAGGCAGGGUACCGUGCAAUUGCCCCUGAUUGCCGAGGCUAUGGUCUUUCCGAGCAGCCCAAGGGAGAAGGAAAUAACAAGUGGGAGGAUCUUGUUGACGAUCUCCUCGCCAUCCUUGACAUCCUCCAUAUCCCCAAGGCUUUCAUCGUCGGAAAGGAUUUUGGAGCCAUACCUGCCUACGACUUUGCACUCAGCAACCCUGAUCGCGUCUCAGGUGUUGUGACCUUGGGGAUUCCCUUCUCUCCACAAGGAUUUGGAUUGGAUCUCAUACCCAAAGGCUUCUACAUAUGGAGAUGGAGGGAGCCAGGAAGAGCAGAGAACGACUUUGGACGUUUUGAUGUUAAGACGGUGAUCCGUAAAAUUUACAUUCUCUUCUCUGGUAGUGAACUUCCCAUUGCUGAGGAGGGACAAGAGAUCAUGGAACUUGUAGAAACAACAACCCCUUUGCCUUCUUGGUUCACAGAAGAUGAUCUCCAAGCCUAUGCAGAUCUCUAUGAGAAAUCUGGUUUCACAUAUCCUCUACAGAUGCCAUAUCGGUCAAUUGAUAAGAUGAAGAAUAAUGUGGAUCCAAAAGUUAAAGCCCCUGCAAUGCUGAUCAUGGGCGAGAAGGACUACUGUCUAAAGUUUCCAGGGAUGGAGGAUUAUAUUAGGGGUGGAAUGAUUAAACACUUUGUACCAAACUUGGAGGUAGUAUUCAUGCCUGAAGGUACUCAUUUUGUUCACGAACAGUCGCCAGGCGAGGUGAAUAAGCUCAUCAUUGAUUUCAUCAAUAAUCAUGUUUCAGAAGCUUGAGAUAGUGUCUCUCUUGGUUAGCAGCAUGCUACCUGAAAUAAGUUCUGAUUUGAAUAAAUGUUUUGAUGAUGCAAAGAAAUAGCUAGCCUUUGGCUUGUAUGUUAAAAGAAGUACUACUUGCGAUUAAGCUGAGAGCUAGCAUAAUUUAUUUUCAUGUUUCGGCUGAAACCUAGUUAAGCAAGUCCAUCAUUUUUCUGGAUCUGAAA